CGACUCAAUCAACCUAGGGCGAACACAUGAUAAGCCUAGGGCGUGGGACCCCACUUUCUGCCACAUACGGUCGUUUCUAUGAGACGCAAGGGUUGCAAGGCGUGGUCGACAUGGUUGAAUGACUCUUGCUAGGUGCAUACGCCGUCUUCGGCAGGCAUCCCGGCCAGACGGCCUUGGAUCCCGAGACGACUAAAGAGGAGAAAAUUUCGUGCACUGAGUUGAAAGUUUUCUCUAGCACACAUCAAGUAGUCAUCAUCAAAGUUCAACAUCGUCUUUGAGUGCCACGAUGGGCGCCUCGGAAGAGCGAGAUCGAGUUGCCAUGAGUGAAUCUCAGGAUGCGCCGGGCGCUAUCGAGCUGGGGGCGAUGCGCAGUCCGACGAGUUCUCGCCAUCACGACCCCGAAUCUAGCCCAUUGGCCUGGCUAUGUGUUUUAGGAUCAUUCAUGUUCCUAUAUCCAUCAUACGGGUUCAUGCAAUCUGUUGGAACUGUUCAGUCAUACCUCCAGCUACAUCAGCUGAGUGAGUACUCCACUCGCGAUCUAGGUUGGAUCAGCGGAAUCUUCACCUCGCUUGCACUGUUCCUUGGAAUUCAAGCCGGACCAUUGAUGGACGCCUAUGGCACGAAGUGGCUGGCUCCCAUCUCCGUAGCGCUCUACGUGCCCGUGUUCUUCAUCAUGGGCGAAUGCACGCAAUACUGGCACUUCAUUCUGUGCUUGGGAGUACUAGGCGGUAUCGGCGGUGCCCUCACAUCAACAGUCGCUGUGGCAGUCAUCGGAAAGCUCUUCAACCGUCGCAAGGGGCUUGCCAUGGGAGUCGCGCUGUCCGGAUCUUCGUUUGGAGGUGUGACCAUCUCGAUGAUGCUUCGGUCCAUCCUGCCUAGACUGGGCUGGCAGUGGUCCAUGAGAAUUAUGGGCUUCCUAGUUCUUGGCAUCAUGGUCUUGGGCGUCGUAUGCUUUCUCCCCUAUCCUCGCCUAUCCACCCCUAUCUCUGGAGCACCCGUCGGGAGAGUAGGAGCCCUGCUCAAUUUCUCGGCCUUUCGCUCCCCACCAUUUGGGUUCAUGGCCGGGGGCCUCUUCAUGCUCGAGUUUGUUCUCUUUGGAAUCACUGGCCUACUGCCUACUUUUGCCAUUGCUGCAGGCUUCCCUUCCAACAUCGGGUUCUCCCUUGUCGCCAUUCUGAACGGUACUUCAUGUUUCGGUCGCAUCAUGACCGGCGUGAUCGGCGAUAGAAUUGGCCACCUUAACAUCCUCCUGAUCAUGAUAGGUAUUACCAUCGUGUUCACCGGGGUUGUUUUUGUGCCUUUUGGAACCAAGCAUAUCGGUGCUUUGUAUGCUUUUGCCGCGCUUUGGGGUUACGGAUCGGGGUCCUUCCUUUCGAGCACACCAGUCUGUUUAGGAAAAACUUGCGAGCCAAAGGAUUACGGGAGGUACUUAGGUACCAUGAACUUCGUAGUCAGUUUCUCGUUGCUAGUAACCGUCCCCAUCGGGGGACAGAUGCUAGAGAGUAUGGGUGGGACAGCGCUCUCGGGAUUUUAUCUUGCUAUCCUCUUCUUGGGCGGUGUUUGCUAUUUUGCUGCCCGCUCCCUUCUUCUAGGCGGGUGGCUUACGCUGAGAGCCAGUAUUUGAGCACAUUUGAUAUAUGCCAGCUGGAAUAACGAGCUGGCUUCAACUAUGAUUAGGUUAAGAUACUCAACUGAUACAUCAUCGAGGUAGGACCUGGAAAGCCGAGGAGUCAGGACUCAGGCGGCUGACUAUGUUUAAAGCGGUUGUUUUCUAACGUAACUACUGGGACCGGAGGGAAAGGGAUAGACAUGGUGGAGUCAAAUUUGCAUAAUGGACCUUAGACUGCUUAUGAUUAGAAAUAGUAAUUUAAUGGGUAUGAAAACUACACCUGCCCACCGUUCUUCCUAAUGAGAUCGAAUCUGUAUCUUGGGCUGGAU